AUGACAGAGCUGUGGCUCGACGCGACUGACGACGUCAAGCUCACGUUCUCGUUGUUACCACAAGCGAACUACCGAAACGACAUCCUUCUCUUAUUUACUCUACUGUCUCGCACAUUGACCCUCUUACUGCUUUCCUAUGUUUUUUAUUUGCCCUAA